AUGGGGCUGCCUGGGGAGAGAAUGAUCGACCGGAAUGAAGCACAUAGCAGACUUGCUAUCUUCACUCGCGAGACAGAUCCCGCGUUCGAAGCCAUCUGUCAGGAAGUGAACCGGUCCAAAAACCCUGGAUACCCCUUUGUGAACUGCCUUGACCACCUGGCACUCUUCUUCCGGCAGGACGAGAUGGAGUAUGGCCAAGACCUACUUGAAAGCGGCAUUUCCAGCCGACAAGCUCUGGAUCAAAUACAAAUCAACGGCGUGUAUCAAUCGUGGUCAGCUUCUCAACACGGAGCCCUCGUCAUCCGUGGACGCUUGAAUGCGGACUCUGUCUUAGCUCUAUUGCAGACUGCACCACGGCACAAGAUGACGACUCUCACUUGCAGAUUCAGGUCGAGGAGUCAUAUGCACGGUUCAGCUCAACUGCCGGCCUUUCUUUGUCACCAGCUCCUUUGUCUAGCACCUCAGCUCUUCCCGUGUGUGCAGCUAAUGGUUGAAAAUAUUUCCGAGGAAACAAAUUGGCCCGACAGUCUUUGGAUAUUGUUCCGCUCCCUUCUAAGCGGUCCAGUUGAGGGAGUCCUUGUGUGCUUUGUUCAAGAUGUGGAAGGGAUCCCAGAUGGAUACAUGGCACUGCGAAAACUCUUGUCCUUUGCUGAUAACGCCAUGUUUCCAUUCAAACUCCUAAUGACGACAUCGCCUGAGCACGCCGUGAUGGGUGAGCUGAAAACUCCCGACACUAAGCUUGUGACGAUUCAACAGACCUCGGACUUUGCAGAAAUUGUCAAAUGUGAAUUGGAUACGCUUGUCUGCAGACGCCCCGAUCUCCUCAAAAUGAGGGAACCCGUCGAGUCUGCACUGAUCAGUCGUUAUCGCGCCAUGACAAGUCUACUCAAUCAAUCAUCAGCAUCUAUGGUUGACAUGGUGCAAGCGUGGAUUGCUCUCCUUGUUUUGCAAUCUUCGCCUGCCACAAGGUCAUCCAUAAAACUAUCAUCGGAAAACCUUCCAGAUUCUCUGCAUGAAUCUUACGUCAAAGUGCUGCAAAGCUGCAAAGCAAGUCCAGGAGGCUUAAAGUAUCUGCAUGCCCUCUUUUGGAGCUCUCGUGCCCUUCGUCCCUUGAGCACCCAGGAACUCGGCGUCGCCGCUGCACUUGAUCUCAGUACGAAGGAUAUCAGUCAUUUGGCGAAUGAGAUCCCACUCAAUCUCCCAUGGGACAUCAACAUGACCUUAAGUCCACUGGCCUAUGUAUCAAAUGAUGAGGUCCUGUUUUUGCAAGACUCGUUCGCACGCUUCAUUGGGCUUCCACAUGAUGGGCCCUGCCAAAAUAACUGUCUUUUGUGCCACGAAAAUCAUUCUAUCAUGGCCUUGAAGUGCUUACAUUAUAUCGCCUUGAUAGAUGAGAAAGAUUAUUUUGCGUCGCAGCAAGAGAUCGGCAAAGGAGGCAACAGUCCGUAUAGUCUUCUGGAGUAUGCUGUCCAGCACUGGCAUCAGCAUUACAAACUGGCCAAGAAGGCAGCAGAGGAAAGCCGAGGCCAUUUACCUGAAUUCGACCCCUAUCUCCACGAUGAAGCGUUGAUUCGGAAAUGGGCGCACCUCUUUUGCUCAUGCCCUCAUCCCGUAAAGCAAGCUGUAUGGGUUGACCCGAUGCUCGUAUCUGUCGAGAUUGGGUGUGUUGACUUGGUCAAAACGUUGCUCAAUUCUUCGUCCCGCGCUCCGGAAAUCCUAAACACUGCACUUGAGAUUGCCAUUGGCGACGGUGAUGGAGAGCUAGUCAGCCUUUUCUUAGAACACGGGGCAAAGAGCACCGAUGUUUUGCACCUGGCCGCUCUAUCGGGUAGCCUGACGAUGCUCUUGCGGUUUCCGCAUGUAAAAGACGACCUGGCUUCCGUCGGGACUCAUGGGUUGACUCCUCUCCAUUUUGCCUGCAAGGGCGGGAGCCGUGAGAUGGUGUACACCCUCAUCGAAAACGGGGCCGACGUGAAUGUGAAAGGCCAAAAAAGUGGGAGUACACCGCUGCAUCUUGCCUGUCAAUACGGCCAUGGCGAUGUCAUCUCCCUGCUUCUGGAGAAGGAAGCUGAUCCCAACGCCGAAGAUGAAACUGGACUGACACCGCUACAUGUCGCAACCAUGUGGCAGCAGCCGCUUGCUGUUCGCGUUCUGGUCGAGUCAGCUGUCUCAGUUGACUAUAACACCACCGCACUACAUGUCGCUGCAGGGACAGGGCGGCUGGACAUUUUCAAGCUUAUAUUACACCACUGUACCCAGACCAAGGGGCCCGAAAAUGAGGACGACUGUGUCGUCCUUUCAAACCGGGAUGAGACCGGUGCCACACCAUUGCACCGAGCAGCGUCGGGAGGCCACGCAGAAGUCGUACGAGCGCUCCUUUCUUUGGAAAAGGACCCCGGAUCUGGCGCCGUAUUGACAUUGGACUAUGACAGAUGCCUGCCUCUUCAUCUUGCAGCGCGAUCGGGCCAUCUUGAGGUGGUAGACUGCUUGCUGGAACAUGGUGAGGCUUCAACGCAGCUCCAGACAGAGGGGGGAGCCGGAACAUACGCCAUUCAUUGGGCCGUGCUGGGCGGCCAUGUCGACGUAGUCAAGAAGCUGUGUGAGGCUCAUGAGAAUAGACAUGUGUCUUUGAAUUUGUUCUGCGGGGAAGACAAUGGGAGUCCGUUGCAUCUAGCUGUCAAAGGUCACCAGGUGGACAUGGUCAAGCACCUGCUGUCCAGCAAAGCCACACCAAACAUCAUGGAUGCAAACAAUGCCACACCGCUCUUUUAUGCCUGUCAAAACGGCCAUCUCAAGAUUGUGGAUCUUCUUUUGGAGGACGAGGCCACCAUUGACACGCCGAACAAUCAAGACAUCUCGCCACUCCUAGCCGCCACCGCAAACAACCACCCAAGGGUCGUGCAGAGACUCAUCGAGAAACAGGCUCAACUUGAUACCCAAGAUCGGCAUGGAAAAACAGCGCUUAUGGCAGCGUGUGAAAGCGGCAAUGUGCUUGUCGUUAGAUGGCUUCUGGACGCUGGUGCGGACGUCACGGUCAGAGAUGAGCAUGGCCGCCAGGCGUUGCAUGUGGCCGCAGAGUAUGCCGGCAAAGAUAUUCUUGAAGCUUUGCUUGAGCUUCCCAAUAUCGAUCCGUGUAGCAGGGACUCUGCCGGGAAUACUCCGCUUCAUCUAGCGGUUCAGUCCGCGUCAGGGGAUCUAAUCCCAUCCAUAGAUGUGCUCAUCAAUCAUCAAGCGCAACCUGAUAUGGAGAAUAAUGACGGCGAGUCACCGGUUGACCUAGCAAUGACCGAACAAGUGGCUUUGAGUUUGGCAAAAGCCGCCCGGUUUGGCGGCUCCUCAGAAUCAAGUUUAUUCCAAAAACGCUUAUUGCAGGUAUCUGCCAAGAAAGGGUGGCUCGAAAUUAUCAAAGACCAGCCCAGGUCUGGAGUCGAUAUCACCGUUCAGGAUGAGCAAGGUCGAUCUCUAUAUCACUUGUCUGCGAUGCAUGGCCAGAUUGAUGUGAUCAAAUAUCUCCUUCAAGCAACCAUCCCUGGCCAUGGUGGAACAGACGCCUCCAGGCGUACACCUGUCUCCUACGCCGCCGAGUAUGGCCAUCUUGAAGCUUUGAAGAUGUUUGCUGAUAGGGCUCCGGAGAGCUUGAAUCAGUCAGACGAGGAUGGCGAGUCCCCAUUGUCAUACGCGGUUAAAUUACGCCAUAUUCACAUCGUCAAACAUCUCCUUGAAAACAAGGAAUCCUUCGCAAUUCGAUUUGGAGCGGAUGACGAGGAAGAAAGAGCAACCCGCACCUUGUACCAUCUGGCUGCAGCCGGAUCAAAUGGAUCCCCCGAAAUUGUCGAGCUGCUGAUCGCCCAAGACGUCCCCGGUUAUGAUGGGGUUGACGAGCGUAAACAGAGUCCCAUUACGUAUGCUGCGAUUUAUGGGAGCCUGGAAAUCGCUAGGAUCCUUGGGCGCGUGGCCCCUGGCAGCUUGAAUCAAGCUGACGAGGAUGGCAAGACCCCGCUUUUCCAUGCUGUGGAGCAGGGCCACGUAAAAUUGGUUGAGUAUCUCGUCGGCGAAGGGGUUGACCUUGACGUCUCUGAGAAAAACGACGGACAGACAGCACUACACUGUGCAGCCCACAAUGGCCGAUGGGAAAUAGUCCAGAUCCUUUUGCGCUCCAACGCCGCCAUAGACGCGCAGGAUUCGAAGAAGCGAACACCUCUCUACCUGGCAACAUAUCAUGGACACUUCGAAGUCGUAUCGGCGCUGAUCAGUCGCAACGCCAAUCUUCAUCUAGCCGACGAAGAUGGAUGGGAGCCUGUGUUUGUCGCCUAUGACAAUCACCAGAUACUGGAAAGGCUGCUUGAUUCCGGGGCCAACAUCGACGCGAAAACUAACGGUGGUUUAACUGCUCUGCACGGAGCUGCGUGUGGAUAUACAGAAUCGGUCAGCCUACUUCUCGCCCGGGGCGCAAAUCCGUUGGAGACGACGGAGGAAUUGUGGACGCCGCUCCAUUAUGCGGCUUCAAACGCCUCGGAAGCCGCUAUUAUCACUCUGUUGGUGAAAGGAAUCCUGGAAAAAGGGGCCAACGCAGAUGUGAGGGACCGUAGAGGUUGCACGCCUUUGAUGAUUGCCCUGGCCGAAGGUAGCCAUACUGCAGUCGAAACGCUCCUCGAGUCGGGAUUGUUUGAUGUGAACAAUGUGAACGAUGAUGGCCAGUCGAUGGUGGACCUUGCCAUAGGAAGAUCUUAUAGGACUUCCGUGGAACUGUUGAUCAAAUACGGCGGAUCUUCUUUGAAUCGGCGGCAGCUUGUGCAGGUCCUUGCCUGGGCAACACAAGCGAAACAUGAUCGCCUUCAAAAAGACGCUAUUGUUGUCGCCCUUGAGAAAAGGCCUCUGGAGCCGUCACAGUUUGAUGAGCUAUUUGACAUCGCUGUUGAGUGGGGUAAUCCACCUCUGAUCAACUUUCUCUUUGCGUGUGAACCGACCUCGAAACGCAAAGAUGCGCACAAUUGGACACUCCAACAAAUCCAUGCGUCUUUCUGUCUUGACACGGCCGAAGCAGGGCCUGACGACAAUCAUCUGGUGCCUACGGGAUGGAGCUCGGACCACCAGGCAGGCGAGCUCAUCAUCAUCGAUAAGGAAGGACUAGGACUGGCUGUGCGACGGGAUCAAGGGAAAUCGCCAGCGGCGAUUCUUGCUGACCACCCAGUGCCGUAUCUGAGUAAAUUCUAUUUUGAGGUCGAAAUUCUCAACCGCUCAUCUGAUAUGCUGGGAAUCGGGUUCGGCCAUCAGGAUUGCGACCUCAACGCCAUGCCCGGGUGGCGUGAGAACACAUGGGGAUACCAUGCCGAUGAUGGGGGGUUUUUUCAUGCAGACGGAUGGCGUUUAGUGGAGAAGAGUGAGUGGAUGUACGAUACGGGUGACGUGAUCGGGUGCUGCAUUGAUCUUGGCCAGCGCAAGGCUUUCUACACGAAGAAUGGGCUUGAUAUCGGACCGUGUUUCACUACCAUUACUGGCCAAGUCUACCCCAUGGUCGCGCUGGGGCCAGGAGACCGGAUUGUGGCCAACUUUGGACAAUCCACUGUACCAUUACAAUACAGCGAUGGGCGAGAUCGGGAGUAUCAAGCGGACGUUGAAAUUGAGUCCGAGUCUUACCGCAUAGCCGCUUGGCCGCAGGCCAUUCGUUGA